AUGGUCUCUAUGUGGUCAAGAAUUAUGCUGGCUGCCAGUCUUGCAGCUUCAGUUACUGCGCAAACGUAUUCGAGCUGCAAUCCCAUGAAGCAGUCAUGUGAUGCUAACCCCGGUCUUGCUUCUUCGUCUUACUCGGUAGACUUUACCAAGGGUAGCGACGACGACAAUUGGGAAGGAACAGGUCACGGAGACGUCAAAUAUACCUCGGAGGGUGCUGAGUUUACGAUCAACAAACAGGGCCAGUCACCUACUAUCCAAACAAGCUGGUAUAUGUUUUUUGGUCGUGUCGAGAUUCACAUGAAAGCUGCUCCUGGACAAGGCAUUGUUUCGUCCAUCGUCUUGCUGUCAGAUAUCCUUGAUGAGGUUGACUGGGAGUUUCUGGGAGGUAGAGAUGCCGAAGCCCAAACGAAUUUUUAUAGCAAAGGUAGCACCGACAACACCCAAAGUCUUACAUUCCCGGUCGACAACACUCAGUCAGAGUUCCAUAACUAUACUGUACAUUGGACCCCAGUGUCAUGUGAGUGGUACAUCAACGGUGUCGCUGUCCGAACCCUCAAGUAUGCCGAAUCUCAAGGAGAGAACUAUCCCCAAACACCUAUGCGUGUGAAGCUCGGAAUCUGGGCUGCAGGAGACGUUGAUGAGAACCAAGAAGGAACGGUUGAAUGGGGAGGAGGACCCACCGACUUUUCAAAGGUCCCCUUCACUAUGACUGUGCAGAAGGUCAAGAUUGAGAACCUGAACCCUGCUGAGAGUUACUCCUAUGGUGACCGAUCUGGAUCUUACAAGAGCAUCGACUUUGACAAGAAGGACAACGGCAGCGACGACAAGGACGACGAUGAGGAUGAAGACGAGACAGAGUCAACAACUGCUUCUGAAACUGCCUACAAGACAACAUCCGAGACUGCUGAGUCUGCCACCGAAACCAAUUCCGACUCCGACUCUGACGCCACAACCAUGUCUACCGCAAAGGCAAGUGAGACUGGAAGCAGCGACUUCAAGAACAACAAGGCUGCCGAGACAAGCGGUUCUGAAACCGAUGGAACUUCAACAGGAAGCAGUGCUUCUGCAACUGCUGAUAGUGAUGAGAACAGUGCUUCCGGAAACAUCCCCAAGAUGUGGUUGAGUGUCGGCGCUCUUUUCGCUGCUAUGCUUACAAUGUAA